GACAUGUGACAACAAUGUGCCACUGAACGCACCACGUCCACCUUCAACUUGACUUAAAGCCAUGCUGAACUUGCUCUGCGCGCACCUCUAAACACCUACCUGUGUUUCCGUCUCCAUAAUAGAAUGAGCACCGUGCGUCUGCGCGCACCCGCGCCUUCUAGAUUGAAGGACGUUGGGAAAAAAUGGGCGUUCCGGGGGCGCGCACGCGAUACAUGCUCUCCGUCAUAUGGUGGAGCGGCUGGUAAUAAGUGAAUGACCUUAUCGUGGCGGUGUAAUGUCUCACCGGUGAGGGAUUGGGGGGUUUUGGAGAUAAUAAAGCUUGACUCCCCCCCGUCUCUCGCCACUCUCACUGGGGACACCGGCCCUGAGCCCCGCACACUCUCUCUGCAUGCUCCACAGCGGGCAUCUGAACACCUGUAGCUGGGUAGUCUCCUACAAACUGGCCGCUCUGAUCCACGUGGAGCUCAUUAUUUUUCAUCGUGAAGAUCGGCGCGGUGCCGCGGUGCCGCUAUGCCAGUUUGGUGAACUUUUCUCAGCUCAGAGAUCCGUAGCUGCAGCCGCUGCUGGAGUUCAGGAUUCUGUUUAAGUUGUUGAGAAAGGUAUACAAAUGCUCUCCGUCCAGCCGGACACCAAGCCAAAAGGCUGUGCCGGCUGCAACCGGAAGAUCAAGGACCGCUACCUGCUGAAGGCCCUCGAUAAGUACUGGCACGAGGACUGCCUCAAGUGUGCCUGCUGUGACUGCAGGCUGGGCGAGGUGGGCUCCACGCUCUACACCAAAGCCAAUCUCAUCCUGUGCCGGAGAGACUACCUACGGUUGUUUGGUGUAACGGGGAACUGCGCAGCCUGCAGCAAACUAAUUCCAGCCUUCGAGAUGGUCAUGAGGGCCAAGGAGAACGUCUACCACCUGGACUGCUUCGCAUGCCAGCUCUGCAAUCAGAGGUUUUGUGUGGGAGACAAGUUUUUCCUGAAGAACAACAUGAUCCUGUGCCAGACAGACUACGAGGAGGGGCUGAUGAAGGAGGGCUAUGCUCCCCAGGUCCGCUGACCCUCGCAGGCCAACGAGAAGGAAGAGGAGGAGGAAGAGGAGUGGGAGAAAGAGAGAGACUGAAGGAGAGUUUGCAAUCACACAACAAAAAGCACUAUUGCCUCCUGUCCAGCUCCUGACCCCCACAUGUACAUAACUAAGCAAGCUUCCCUGGGAGGGGAGGGGACACACUCUGCUGUACAGAAUAGCCAUAGAGAUGCCAGUGUGGCAAGGAAAGGCCCUGGAAGCCUACAACAAACUACAAAUAUGAAAAAAAUAGUUGGGCCAUUUCUUUGUUUGUGACGGAUGCUGCCUCUUUCCUCCUGGCCAACAAACACCGGCCUCAGAGCGAUUUCAAACCAACAGCUGGUUUUUGGAAAGCAAAAAAAUUAACCCACCCAAAAGCAGUCUUGUCUCAUGUUAUCUGACAAGGACAGACAACUUCUACUUGAAUCUAAAACACACUGAGGUAUUGUCAAUCAAUGUAAUUUUGAGAUGAAGACCUUUUUACUGUAUGAUAUCAGAUUUAAAACACAGUGAAUGUAAAUGGAAGAUCGGUAAAAUGUUACGCUGAUGACUAAAUUGUUUAUUUGAGUGUGUGUGUGUGUGUGUGUGUGUGUGUGUGUGAGAGAGAGAGAGAGAGAGAGAGAGAGAGCAUGUUGAGGACUUAUCUGUCAUGCAGUCUUGAGGCUCGGUCUGGUCCAUGUAGUCCCUCAGUUUCCAAAAUUGGUCAGUAAUGAACAUGAACAGAUGAUCAAAGUUUGUUACAUAAUCAAUGCGUUUCUCUGGAUGGAUGGACUCACACAAGCGCGACAUAAAUAUAUUUGAGACCACUAUGUCAUUAGAAGACUGGUAACCCCCACCAGUGUCACAGUCUACUUUUUUGGUGGCACAUAUUAAACGUGUGAUUGCCUUUUUAUGUUAACCAAAAGUAAGCAGCAUUUAAAGCUGCACUGAUAAUUAUUUGUCUUUAUAUUAAU